AUGGCACGAGCCGAGCGCAAGCGGGCGGGCACAAGUCAAGCCGAAGGGUGGAAGGAUCUGGAUCGCCCUCACUACGAGCAUAAAGACACGGACAGCCUCCACCCUGAGCUUAAACACGAGGAGCGUCUGUGUCCCGGACGCGAGGAUGAGGAUCGCAUCCACCCUGAGCGGAAAGCCUCGGAUCUCCCGCAUUCUGUGCACAAAGACGCGAGCCGCCACCACCCCCGAAAGACGGACGAGGCUGGAUCUCGCCUCAAGCGUUUGAACGGAGAUCGCUGCCAUGACAAGCGCUUGGAUGUCAAGCCCUCUCGCUGCGAGGUGACGGACGCGGCUUCCGUCCGCGGUGGACAGGGUCAGCCGGGCCGGGCCAGCGGCGAGCCGGCGGCCCGCGACCUGAGCAUCUUCACGGCCGAGUACCUCUCGGAGCUGCACCAGCUGCAGCGGCGCAUCAUGACGUCUCGGGACGGCGCCGAGAUGAGCCAGGUGCUGGCGCUGAUCUGGGACACCGGCCAGGUGGAGCACACCGCGCUCUACUACGACUUCGACCUCUGCGCCCUUGAUCAGGGCGUGGUGCGCAAGUUGCAGCGCUGUCUCAGCUGA